AUGGAUGUAGCGCAGGCCGUCCAGGCGCUCCAGCGCGUCCUGCCAGCGACUCACUUUGCAGAGCGUGGCUCGAAAGAGUACGACGAGUUCAAGCAAGUCUAUCAAUCUGGUCUUUGUUCUGACAUCGAUCCAUCUUGGAUGAAGGGAAUCAGUGUCGGGGAUGGGGUAGUACAAGUUGCUGCUGGUGAGAGCUGGGGGCCAGUCUAUGAUAAACUUGGGGAAAUCGGCCUCAGCUUCUCUGGAGGACGAUCGUCCCGGUCAGGCAUUGGAGGUCUCGCCCUAGCAGGUGGCCUAUCAUUUGUUUCGUCGCGUGAAGGCUUCAUCUCAGACAGUGUUCUAAACUAUGAAGUUGUUCUCGCAUCUGGAGCUAUAGUCAACGCGAAUGCGCACGAGAAUUCGGACCUCUGGGUUGCCCUGCGUGGUGGCGGCAAUAACCUAGGUAUCGUGACGCGGUUCGACUUUCGGACCUUUAAACAAGGCCCGGUGUAUGGUGGCAGUAUCUAUUAUUUUGGCGACAGUUUCCCAAAACAGCUGGAAGCGCUUGUGCAUGAACUGCAAAAGCCAGAUGCAUCCAAGGAUACCCAUUUGAUGCUGAGUAUUGGUUACUCAGGCAUGUUUGGCCCACAGCUAGUGUGUCUAAAUCAGGUCUACUGCACCCAGGGAAUUGACAAGUCCCCUGUGUUGAAACCGUUCAUGGAUAUCCAGCCACAAAUAGACCAAAUGAAUUCUCUACGCAUGCAUACCCUGGCAGAAGCGGCCAGAGAGCAGUCUGGCGAUAGACCAUCUCCAAAAAGGUCUGUCUACAUGAACACUACCGUCAAAGCGGACAUCGCAACCUUACAAGCAGCAACGCAUAUCUUCUCGGCAGCCAUUGAACCGCUCAAGUCAUGCAAGGACAUUCUACUCUCCCUCACACUGCAGCCAUACCCUUUGAGCCUACUCCAGCGAUCCACCACCGAAGGCGGUAAUGUGCUCGGCCUUGAACCGGAACUCGGUUCGCUUGUGAGCAUUCUGUUCCUUACUUAUUGGGAGAAUAGAGAGGAUGAUGAGAAGAUCAUGAAUACAUUGAGAGAUGCGCUGAACGAAAUCGACGGUGACGCUGCGCAGAAGGGGACAUUGGUCCCUUUCAAAUACCUCAAUUAUGCGGCGCCUUUCCAGGACCCGAUCGGUUCAUAUGGUGCCGCAAACGUUGAGAAGUUACGCAGUGCAAGUCGUAAGUUCGACCCAGACGGGCUGUUCCAGGAAGGUGUUCCUGGCGGGUGGAAGCUAUUCUCCUAAGUUGUCUUAGGUGUUAGGAUUUCAUACUGUAUUGAA